AUGGGGAAGCUCGAUGAUGAAGGGGUCCCCGAGGCUGUGCCGCUAACUCGACAGCGGUCGGCCUCCAUGGCAUCAGACACAUCCUCCGAUUCGGGUCUCUCGGUCGCCUCCGCGGCCUUCCUCGAUGCUCACAAGAGCGAAUUCGCGGCUGGGGUAGAUGGAAAUGGGGAGGAACAACGAUACCGGGACUUGGAAGAUGGGGAAGAACCCGGGCUAGACGAGCCAUUCCUCCCGUCUAGGAAGACCAAGUCGUCAUCCGGCCGUCGCUGGUGGCUGUUUGGACUGCUCCUAUGUGUGGUUAUGGCCAGCGGCUGGAUCGUUGCAUUCGUCUUCUUCCUCGUACAGGGGCGGCCCGAUGUUGCGACGAUUUCCUCCCCCUCUGCGGUUGAGGUGCAUGAGCCGGACUCUGCGACCGGUGGUACCAGCUAUGGAAAGCCGGUGACACUGGAGCAGGUGCUGACGGGGCAUUGGUUGCCGCAGUCUCAUGCGAUCGCGUGGACUGCGGGUGCCAAUGGCGAAGAUGGGCUUUUGAUCGAGCAGGGCGAGCACGGAGACGGAUACCUGCGCAUUGAAGAUAUCCGCAACCGCAAGGCCGGUUCUAGUGGCUCUGCGGCCAAAGUCUUGAUGCAAGAGUCGCAUUUCUGGGUUGGAACCACAUUUGUCAUGGCGUCCAAGAUCUGGGUGAGUCCCAACCACGAGAAGGUUCUCGUCUUGUCUGAUUACGCAUCGAAUUGGCGGCAUUCGUAUUAUGGGAAUUAUUGGAUCUUUGAUGUCGCAACUCAAACAGCCGAGGCCUUGGAUCCAGAUAAUCACACCGGUCGCAUUCAGUUGGCUUGGUGGUCGCCCGAGUCUGAUGCGGUUGUGUUUGUCUGGGAGAAUAAUGUGUAUCUGCGCAAACUUUCUUCGGCCAAGGCGAUACCUGUCACGACGGAUGGCGGUAAGGACGUGUUCAACGGUGUUCCGGAUUGGGUGUAUGAGGAGGAGGUUCUGUCUGGCAAUGGGGCCACCUGGUGGUCGUUGGACGGCAAGUUUCUCGCGAUGUUGCGGACCAACGAGACCGACGUCCCCGAGUAUCCUGUUCAGUACUUCCUCCACCGACCCUCGGGCACGGAAGCUCCAGCUGGGCUGGAGAACUAUCCUGAGGUGCGGCAGAUCAAGUAUCCCAAGGCUGGCACUCCCAACCCCAUCGUCAGCCUUCGCUUUUAUGACGUGGAUAAGCACGAGCUCUUCUCUAUCGAGAUGCCGGAAGACUUCGAGGAUGACGAUCGGAUCAUCAUUGAGGUCGUCUGGGCACCUGAGCAGAAGGUUCUGAUCCGCGAGACGAAUCGUGAAAGCGACGUCGUCAAGAUAUUCCUGGUGGAUGCCAAAUCCCGAACUGCCAAACUGGUUCGCUCGACUGACGUUGCUGCUUUGGACGGUGGCUGGGUCGAACCCUCUCAGUCAACGUGGAUCAUUCCGGCCGAUCCCAGUAAUGGCCGACCGGAGGCCGGCUACAUCGAUACUGUGAUUCAUGAAGGGUACGAUCAUCUCGCGUACUUCUCUCCAUUGGACAGCUCCGAGCCGGUGAUGCUCACCUCAGGCAAAUGGGAAGUGGUCCAGGCUCCCACCUCAGUUGACUUGAAGAAGAACUUGGUCUACUUCGUUGCAACCAAGGAGGGCCCCACACAGCGACAUUUGUACCAAGUCAAACUUGAUGGCUCCGAUCUUCACGCAUUAACCGACACUUCGAAGCCAGGCUACUACGGCGUCUCCUUCUCGGACGGUGCUGGGUACGCGCUCCUGAGCUAUAAGGGUCCCGCAGUUCCCUGGCAAGCCGUGGUCAGCACACAAGACAGCACCAUGAAAAAGGAGAUUGUCAUCGAAGAGAAUAAACAGCUCGCGGAGAAGGUCGAAGACUUCGCGCUUCCCGCGGAGGUAUACAGCACAGUGACCAUUGAUGGGUUCGAACUCCAAGUGGUUGAACGGCGGCCACCGCACUUCAACCCGAAGAAGAAGUAUCCUGUACUCUUCCAUUUGUAUGGUGGACCCGGCUCCCAAACCGUCGACCGCAAGUUCCUUGUCGACUUCCAAUCCUAUGUCGCCUCCAGUUUGGGGUAUAUUGUUGUUACCGUAGACGGUCGCGGAACAGGCUUCAUCGGUCGCGAGGCUCGGUGCAUCGUUCGCGACAACCUGGGCUAUUAUGAAGCGCGCGACCAAAUUGAGACCGGCAAGAUAUGGGCCAAGAAACCUUAUGUUGAUGAGUCCCGGCUGGCUAUUUGGGGCUGGAGCUUUGGCGGUUUCAUGACCUUAAAGGUCCUUGAACAGGACGCAGGCGAGACCUUCCAGUAUGGCAUGGCCGUAGCACCGGUGACGGACUGGAGAUUUUACGACUCCAUCUAUACCGAGCGUUAUAUGCACCGCCCCCAGAAUAACCCUAGCGGUUACGACAAUUCAACAAUUAGUGACGUCGCUGCUAUGGGAGAGAAUACUCGAUUCCUGAUAAUGCAUGGCGUGGCAGACGACAACGUCCACUACCAGAAUACGCUCACGCUGCUGGACAAGCUGAACUUGCAAAACAUUGACAACUGGGACAUGGUCAUGUACCCAGACUCAGAUCACAGCAUAUAUUUCCACAACGCGCACACUAUCGUCUAUGAACGCUUGUCGAGCUGGCUCAUCAACGCGUUCAAUGGCGAGUGGCACCGCAUUGCCAACCCCAAGCCCGUGGAGUCAUCCUGGAGGCGGACCAAGCGCUUUGUAGCCAGUCGACUAUCAUUUGCACUGUGA